ACUGGAGCUCGUACAGCUGGAGCUUCUUAGGGACUAUCAACACGGAGUGUAACCGACGACAGAGCUAAGAGCUGGGGGUAUGAGAUCCGCAAGAAUCCGCUCCCAUCCUCCUCUGCCCAGGCCCCUGUCCGACUGACAACCAUCGGAUCAGAAUCUCCACUGAACCAGCUCUCGGACGAACCUAAUAUCGGUAACAACUCGCAACCAUGGAGCUGAGAGUGGGGAACAAGUACCGGCUCGGGCGAAAAAUAGGGAGUGGUUCCUUUGGCGACAUUUACCUUGGUGCCAACAUUGCCACCAGUGAGGAGGUAGCCAUCAAGCUGGAAUGUGUGAAGACCAAACACCCACAGUUGCACAUUGAAAGCAAGUUCUACAAGAUGAUGCAAGGAGGAGUGGGUAUUCCAUCAAUAAAGUGGUGUGGUGCAGAGGGAGACUACAACGUGAUGGUAAUGGAGCUGCUUGGUCCCAGUCUGGAGGACCUUUUCAACUUUUGCUCCCGAAAGUUCAGCCUGAAGACUGUCCUGCUUUUGGCAGACCAGAUGAUAAGUCGCAUUGAGUACAUCCACUCCAAGAAUUUCAUCCAUCGGGAUGUCAAGCCUGACAACUUCCUGAUGGGGCUUGGGAAGAAGGGCAACCUGGUGUACAUCAUUGACUUUGGACUGGCCAAGAAGUACCGUGAUGCCCGCACACACCAGCACAUCCCUUACAGGGAGAACAAGAACCUGACUGGCACAGCGCGCUACGCCUCUAUUAACACACAUCUUGGUAUUGAACAGUCCAGACGUGAUGACCUGGAGUCUCUUGGCUAUGUCCUCAUGUACUUCAACCUGGGCUCCCUCCCCUGGCAGGGCCUCAAGGCUGCUACCAAGAGACAGAAAUAUGAAAGAAUCAGUGAGAAGAAAAUGUCGACACCCAUCGAGGUUCUUUGUAAAGGAUACCCUUCUGAGUUCUCCACAUACCUGAACUUUUGCCGUUCACUCCGUUUUGAUGACAAGCCGGACUACUCUUACCUACGACAGCUCUUCAGGAAUCUUUUCCACCGUCAGGGUUUCUCCUAUGAUUAUGUCUUUGAUUGGAACAUGCUCAAAUUUGGUGCCAGUCGGACAGCCGAGGAUGGGGAUCGCGAGAGGAGGACGGGAGAGGAGAGGGAUGAGCGGAUUGGAGGAGCCCCCAGGGGGUCUGCAUCGCGGGGCCUCCCCCCAGGUCCCAACCCUGUAGCUGCCAACAGAGUCAGGAACGGGCCAGAGCAGGCCAUCUCUAACCCUGCCUCACGGGUCCAGCAGUCUGGGAACACGUCUCCUCGUGCAAUUUCUCGUGCAGAGAGGGAGAGGAAGGUGAGCAUGCGGCUCCACCGUGGGGCUCCUGCCAACGUAUCCUCCUCUGACCUCACAGCCCGUCACGACCAGUCCAGAAUUUCCACAUCACAGGUCAGCGUGCCAUUUGAGCAUAUGGGGAAGUAGAAUUCUUUGGCUCUGCAUGCUCAUGAAACUGACAGGGCUGCAAAGUAUAUUCAUCGCUCCGGUUUAUUUUCCUUUUUAUUUUUACCUUGUCUUAUGAAAAAAUGAUUGCCAGUAGACACGUGGAUCUUUGGAAAAGGACAGGAAAUCUUUAAAGCAUCCAGAGAACUACAUGACCGUAUCCAACAUGCACUCUGAAAUGAACCCUUUUUGCUGAACCGUGGACUACCACCACAAUACAAAAAGCAAAUGAAUGACAGUCCUACACCAUUGUUACUGCUACACCAUUGUUAGUCCACGGCUGCUCAUACCUGCUCCACUCCUCAAAACAUUCCCUCAGGACCAUCUGUCUGGCAAAUGUGAAGAACUGUUGGCAUCAACGGAGCAAAAAGGUAUUGGGGACACGAGCGUGUUUCUAGUCAAAGGUCAACUUUGUGAUUGAUAUAGGCUUAAUAAAGAUUUGUUUUUUUUAACACCACAAACAACUUCCCAGUGAAUGUCGCCUCUUUUGAUCUUAAAUUGGAGCUAGUUAUGAGUUUCCUUCCUUUGCUUUUUUUGAGAGAAAUAACAGCUGAAAGAUGACAAUGGGGAGAGGUAGGUGAGAGGGUAGCGGACAAAAGGAAAAGUGACUUUGAAAAGGACAAGUAAGUGAUGUUUUUAGCUGUUGUGGAGUAAUGUUUCUGGUGAAGUAGCAGUUGGUGCUUGCUUGCCCUUCAUCCAUGUUGUGGUGAUUUGCUCUCCCUCAAAACUCGGCCACCAAAACCUCCCCCCCAUUAUUUUGCCUGUUUUGACUUGCGUGUUUUUGUUGUUAGUGGGUAAGGUGAAGAAUGACCAUAGAUCUUGCAAAGACGCAGUCAAGUCUUGAGGGAAGCUCCUCAGGAAAUUCUCAGUGUAUUUGACCAGAGACCAUAGCUGCCCGUUUUGGCUAACAAAUAGUGGCUGCAAUUUUUAUGAUAGUUCUUAAUGUUACCUUUUUUUUCUUUUUCUUUUUUUUAAAUUCUUUUCCUAUUGGAGGUCAUAGGGGAGUGGGCAGGCUCUGUUAGGGGUGACUCUUUAGGGGAUGGGACAUCCAACAAUGUUUUUUUGUUGUGUGUGUGUGUGGUUUUUUUUUUUUUUUUUUUUUUGUUUGUUUGUUUUUUAAAUGUUUACUUCACUGUAAAUAUUUUUUUUUAUUUCCAUGUAAAGCCAAAAUGUGGUUAUUUGUUUUAAGAUGUAAAGUAGAAAAAUGCAUACUAAUGACAUAAAUUGGGGCUGGGUUCAGAAUUUUAGGUAUAUAAAGUACUAAAUUGUGGGAUGGGCUACUGUUACUUUGCCAGCUGGGUCAUCCGACAUUUUGUGUGUGCACGAGAGUGUGUUGGAGAGAUGCAGUGACUCCCUGCUAAGAAGAAUUUUGUCUUUUAGUUUGUAUUUAGAUUGUUUUUGAUCUGUUCUCUAUAUGUUAAACUAUUUUUGUGUCUGAAAUAACUUUGUCCUUUUUAUUUUGUUUCAUUUCAUCUUCCUGUAAUUUAUUAGAAGUAAGUUGUUUUUCUUCUUGCCUGUCUUUUUAUGAUUCAAAGGCUGUCCACCUUAUAUAAUAGGGCUUUCAAUAUUCCUUCUGCAAAAAUGAUAUGGUAAUAGUUUGAUGUCACCUUUCGAUUUUAACCUCCAGCAACCUUGAUGAUGUCAUUAAAAAGAAAACAACUGAUGCAAUUGCAGGGAUGUGUAAAUAGCAGUGUACUGUGUGUAAUUACCUUUGUACAGGCCACCAUGACCCAGUGGCAUUGUGACUGUUGGGUUGGGGAUUUCACUUUAUGUAUUGUGUACUGAUAACUUGUACAGUUCUUUAACACACUUUAUUUACAACAGUAUUUGUGUAUAUUUUAUGAAGUAAUAAAAAUGAAUAACGUUG